GCGUUGUGAAUGACACCAGACGACUGGAAGUAUUUCUGGUCUGUCAAAAUAGACUCAAGAGUUUCCGCGCACAUCGCGAUGCUCGCGCCCUAAGCGUCCGCCAAACCGAGGUUCUCGCACCUGCGGUGGUUGCCCAAGCGGGCCAACGGGUAAACACCAUCGCCUAGGCGCGCUUGCAUCACGAGAAUUAUGUACAUGCGCGGCGACGUUCGAUGGUACCAGAUCUUCUAGUGCUCGGGGUGGAUGUUCCGAUGGUUAAUAUGGCUAAAUUGGAGGGGCAGUUGAGCCUCAGUGGCUGGCGGGGCGGCUCCAUAAAAGCACCUCCGCGACUACAAGUCAAGAUGGAUAUUCGGCGGAACAUUUCCUACACAAUCCGAAACCUUCGUAACACCCAGCCAUGGCGGACAAAAAGCCCUUUGUAACGCACCUCUACACCGCGGACCCCUCCGCGCACGUCUUCAACGGCAAGCUCUACGUCUACCCCUCGCACGACCGCGAAACGGACAUCAAAAACAACGACAAUGGCGACCAGUACGAUAUGAACGACUACCACGUUUUCAGCAUGGAGGAGGUCGGCGGCCCCGUCACAGAUCACGGCGUGGUCCUCAAAGUGGAGGAUGUCCCAUGGGUCUCCCGCCAACUGUGGGCCCCUGACGCGGCCUCCAAAAACGGGAAAUACUACCUCUACUUCCCUGCGCGGGACAAGGACGACAUCUUCAGGAUCGGCGUUGCAGUGGGAGACAAGCCGGAGGGACCUUUCAAAGCGGAGCCAGAGCACAUCAAGGGCACUUUCAGCGUGGAUCCUGCCGUCUUCGUCGACGACGACGGCCAGGCGUAUCUCUACUUUGGCGGGCUGUGGGGUGGCCAGCUGCAGUGCUACGCCAACGGGGACUUCGACAAGUCGCAGCUCGGGGCGAACGAGCCGUCAAAGGGGAGCGCGCUGCACGCCAAGGUGGCGAAGCUCAGCGACGAUAUGUUGUCUCUCGCGGGCGACGUCUCUGACGUCGUCAUUCAGGAUCCUACCACCAAGGCGCCCAUCGCCGCGGAGGACCACGCCCGUCGCUUCUUCGAGGCCGCGUGGCUGCACAAGUACAAUGGGAAGUAUUACUUCAGCUACUCCACGGGGGACACGCAUCUUCUUGCGUAUGCGAUUGGAGACACACCAUUAGGUCCUUUCACAUAUGGGGGCACGAUAUUGGAGCCUGUUAUCGGGUGGACAACACAUCACAGCAUCGCAGAAUUCAAGGGCAAGUGGUAUCUGUUUUACCAUGAUAGUUCGCUGAGUGGCGGAGAGAAUCAUUUGAGGAGUGCAAAGAUUAGGGAGAUUGUGUAUGAUGGGGAUGGGAAGAUCCAUCUAGCGGAGCCACAGCCGCAGAUCAAACCCCCGGCUGCGAGGCUGGAGGAGGAAGGGUCAUAAGUGAGGGAA